AAAAUAUUAAAAUAUUAAAUUCAUAUUCAGAACAACUGUGAAAAUACAUUUUGAAUCAGUGAAGAAACACCUCUAACAGUCUCCUGAAUAAGAUGGGUCUUUUAUUUUGAAGGCAGGGGGCAGCGGACGUGCGGCUGUUGUUUCCGGUGGUUGUGUUUGGUGUCGUCUGUCUCGGCUCAGCUCGGCUCUGUUCGGCUCGGCUCAGAACCGACCAGCAGCGGUGGUAUCGGCUGUAGUGGACCUGUGAGUGACCGAGGAGGAAAGAUGGCGGCCCCUGCUCUCUCCGGUCGGGCUGGCUCGGCGGGAAGCCUCGGGAACAGCCCCACCAUGGCCGCCGGCAGACUCCCGCACGGAGGCGGCGGCGUCGGGCCCGAGCUCGACUUCAGGUCGGCCGCUCGUAUGGAGGACCUGAACCGACUGAUCCAGGAGUUCAGCAAGCACGACCAGAGAGAGUACGACGACCAGCGGGCUCUGGAGAUCCACACGGCGAAGGACUUCAUCUUCUCCAUGCUGGGAAUGGUACAGAAGUUGGACCAGAAGCUCCCGGUGGCCAAUGAGUACCUCCUCCUGUCGGGAGGUGUUCGAGAGGGUGUGGUGGACAUGGAUCUGGACGACCUUAGUGUCUACGCCCGUGGAACAGAUUACGACAUGGACUUCACCCUGCUCGUCCCAGCACUUAAACUCCAUGACCGUAACCAGCCGGUGACUCUGGACAUGAGGCACUCGGCUCUGGGCCACUCUUGGCUCAGCCUCCGCCUUUUCGAUGAAGGUACCAUCAACAAAUGGAAGGAUUGCUGCACCAUAGUCGACCACAUCAACGGGACUACCAACUACUUCUUCUCACCGACACUUGUGGCUGACUGGUUCUACCAGUCCAUCUCCCUGGUGCUGCUGGAGGUACAGAAGAAGCCGCAGAGAGGGAUGCCCAGAGUGGAGAAGGUGGAGAGGAACGGCACCAUCAUCUCCGUCAUCCUGGGGGUGGGAAGCAGCCGGAUGCUCUACGACAUCGUCCCCGUGGUGUCGUUUAAAGGCUGGCCGGCCGUUGCUCAGAGUUGGCUGAUGGAGAACCACUUCUGGGAUGGAAAGAUCACCGAAGAGGAGGUGAUCAGCGGCUUCUACCUCGUCCCAGCCUGCUCCUUCAAAGGCCGCAAGGAGAACGAGUGGCGCUUGUCGUUCGCCCGCAGUGAGGUGCAGCUGAAGAAGUGCAUCUCCUCUAGCCUGAUGCAGGCGUACCAGGCCUGUAAAGCCAUCAUCAUUAAGCUGCUGUCCCGCCCCAAAGCCAUCAGCCCCUACCACCUUCGCAGCAUCAUGCUGUGGGCGUGUGACCGCCUCCCUGCCAACUACCUGGCACAGGACGACUUCUCCGCCCACUUCCUCCUGGGCCUGAUUGAUGACCUGCAGCACUGCCUCGUCAACAAGAUGUGUCCGAAUUACUUCAUUCCUCAGUGCAACAUGCUGGAACACCUGUCGGAUGAGACGGCCAUGCUGCACGCCCGCAAACUCUCCUCAGUGCGCUCGGACCCCGCAGAGCACCUCCGCACUACCAUCGAGCACGCCAAGGCUGCCAACAGGUUGACGGUGGACCUGCAGUGGCGAGGCAGUGCCAACAACCUGCCGUCUCCGCAGUCUGACGCAGGUGGGGAGAACCAGCCAGAUGACCGACUCGCCAAGAAGCUCCAGCAGCUGGUCACAGAGAAUCCUGGGAAGUCCAUCUCAGUCUUUAUAAACCCAGACGACGUCACACGGCCCCAUUUCCGUAUUGAUGACAAGUUUUUCUGAGACUCUCCUAGACGUCUUCUUCCCUUUUCCCCUCUGCCUUCCCUCUUCACACCUUGUGCCCCGCCUCCUCUAAAACUUUAUUUUGUACAUUUUUUAUGUUUCUCUGCCACAGAGUGAAGUGAGGUGAUCGUCUAGUUAUGUCUGCCACAGUUUUUUUUAUUUUUUUUUAUUUUUAUUUUUCUAUUCCCUUUCCCCUCUUCCCUCCUCUUUCACUGUGUGCCCUGUGUUUUUUACCUGCUGAUUGCCUUUUAAACAGACAGCUGAAUAGCAGCAGGUUGUUUUUAAAGCUGAAGGAUGAGGAAAAAAUUCCUCCUGAAGAUGGAGUGGAUGUUCCUACGUAAGGGUAGUUUAAUUAUCAGGGAUCCUGGGAAUGACGGGACACCAACAACUCCUGAACACGCCACAGAAGCUUGUUCAAGAUAUAAAUGUGGUUCAUUUAUAUAGAUAAAGCUAGUAGUAAUCACUUAACACGCCUAAUAGUACUAAAUAACCCAUAUAAAAGAUGAUACAAAUUCAUGAUCAUGGAAAUCCAGGUUUCCAUAUUCAUUCCCAACCUUGGAUUAAAGGAAUUUUUAAUUGUGAGAUGCUCUCUGAGACGUCAGAAGUAAGGGCUAGUUUCUCAGAUAGUAUCAUAUUGCUGGCUUUCAUAUCAAUGCCCAGGAGAGCAGCAACUUUAUUGAGUGCACUGACAUGGAUUUGAGUGUCCUGGUUUUGAUUGUGCUACUAAGUAUUUCAUUUCAUUUGGGUGUAUUCCGAUGUUCGAAAUUAGCAUUCACCUAAGCUCAUGAUCAGGGAUUUAUAGCCCUCCAUUUCCCAAACAACAGCUUUAUUGACCCAAACACAAGAUAAAUACAUCGAACUGUCUGUACUUUUGUAGACUUUCAUGUUGGUGGUAUACAGGUAUAUCUCUACUGGAGAUAUACCUGUAUGUGAACAUCACUGAAGCUAAGUCCUGGAUGGGACUUUUCUCAGUUUAGUGAUUUAAAUAAUGCCGCUGUUCUGUAAAAGGGCUCAACAGGACAAAAACAUAAAGUUUAAAUUACUAUUGAAGCCCCAAUGUAGUUUUAAGCCGAUGUAGACAUGUUGUUUUGAAGAGAUGAAGAAUAAGAUGCUUGGUGCUGCAGCUCCAUGUAGUAUUGAAUGGUAGCUGCUGACAGUAAACUCUUUUUGCCCUCCAGUUGUCAGAGUUGGUCUAAAACAGGGGUGUCAAACUCAAUCACAGCAGGGGCCGAAAUCUGAAUUUAGGUCUAACCUGAGGGCCUAACAGGGUCAAGAUUUAACCAAAAACUGUCAACCGUGUUUUCACAGGUAAUGAAUUUUGGGGUGAUGAUAAAUGAUUUUAAAAUUUCUACAAAAUAAAAAGUCAAAAUGAUUAAAUAUCACAGCAUCAAUAAAUCUGAGAUAGUCAACUUUUUAAGUCCUAAAGGCCAAAAUACAAAAUUAAAAGUCAAAAUAAGGUUUUAAAAGGCAAAUAUAUGAGAUAGAGACUUAAAAUCAUGAGUUUAAAGGUCAAGAUAUGAGAUAAAAUACAAAAUCAAGAGU